ACCCGUGUGUGCUAAACCACCCCACCCCAACCUAAAAGCUCAAGUAGCCCUAACAGUUCACUGCGCCUGGACAACCUAUUUGAAAUAUGCCUAUACCACAUUCCUGUUUGAGAAGUUACCCAUUUUUCUGAUUACUAAAUGAUUACCCUUUUUUUUUUUUCAAGUUAUAAGUAAGUGUGAAAACCUCCCCCUUGAAAAACGAGUACGUACUCUUUCCGAAGUUCCAAACCUGGAAUAUAAGGGCCGGCUAAGCGUCCUUUAUCCCUUCCCGGAGACUCUGCGUUUAGCUAGCUGCCCUAGGGACCAAAACGCUAAGCAGAGGACGCCCCUUCCCCCUCCCCGCCCGGCAGCCAAGCCUGGCUUAAAGACCUUCGCCACCGGGCGGCGGAAUUACAAAGGAGGCCCUCCUUUGUCCUGGAUUUGGGAGUUGAGCGCGCGCCUUCGUCGCCAUUGGCUUUCCUCCCCCGGUUCCAGCCUUUCAUCUUGGGAAUCUGCGUCAGAAGUCACUCGCAGUCCCGCCAGCCCAGCAGAGAGGAAAUCAAGAAGAAGCCCCAACUUCAUGCUUCUUACAGUCUGGUUAGAAUGAUCCAAGAAGAAUGCACAUGAAAACUCAAGAUAUUAUUUUUCAUCUGGCAGAGUAGCAAUGAAGUAAAGCAGGUCACCAGCAAUCUCGAGAGCUUGCGGAAAUAGCUUGCAAGAAAAAUGAGGCUCCCUCUUUUCAUAGCAGAUGCAUUUACAGCAAAAGCAUUUUGUGGGAAUCCUGCGGCUGUUUGCCUCCUAGAAAAUAAAUUGGAUGAAGAUAUGCAUCAAAAAAUUGCAAGGGAAAUGAACCUCUCUGAAACGGCUUUUAUCCGAAAACUGCACCCAAAUGACAACUUUACACAAAGUUCCUGUUUUGGACUCAGGUGGUUUACUCCGGCCAGCGAGGUCCCUCUCUGUGGUCAUGCUACCCUGGCUUCUGCAGCUGUGCUGUUUCACAAAAUAAAGAAUGUGAACAGCACUCUGACCUUUGUCACUCUGAGUGGGGAGCUAAAGGCCAGAAGAGCAGAGGAUGGGAUUGUCCUGGACUUGCCUCUUUAUCCAGCUCAUCCCCAGGACUUCCAUGAAGUAGAAGACUUGAUAAAGACUGCCAUCCGUGACACCCUGGUCCAGGAGAUCUGUUAUUCUCCAGAUACCCAGAAUCUCCUUGUCCGGCUCAGUGACACUUAUGACAGGUCGUUUCUGGAGGGCCUGAUGGUGAACACACAGGAUCUGCUGCAAGUUGAAAACACAGGGAAGGUGAAAGGACUCAUUCUCACCCUUAAAGGAGAGCCUGGUGGGCAGAGUCAAGCGUUUGACUUUUACUCCAGAUAUUUUGCACCAUGGGUUGGUGUGGCUGAAGACCCUGUUACAGGGUCUACACAUACUGUUCUCAGCAGCUACUGGUCCCAGCAACUGGGGAAGAAAGAGAUGCGUGCCUUUCAGUGUUCUCAUCGAGGAGGAGAACUGAUGAUUUCAGUGCGUGCUGAUGGACGGGUUGACAUUAGGGGAGGUGCUGCUAUUGUUUUGGAGGGCACGCUGACAGCCUAAAGAUACUCCAGCUGAACCAAGAGUGAAAAGAGAACCUACAGACUGGGGGGAAAAAAUUGGCUAUUACAAAUCUGACAAAGGUCUAAUCUCUAAAAUUUAUAGGAAAAUCCAACACCUCUACAACAAAGAGACAAAUAAUCCAAUUAAAAAAUGGGCAGGGAAAUGAACAGACACUUCACCAAAGAAGACAUUCAAGUGGCCAAUAGGCUCAUGAGGAAAUGCUCUCCAUCACUAGCCAUUAGAGAAAUGCAAAUCAAUACCACAAUGAGAUGCCAUCUCACCCCGGCAUUACUGGCACAAAUCGAAAAAGCAGAAAAUAACAAAUGUUGAAGAGGCUUUGAGGAGAUUGGAACUCUUAUGCACUGCUGGUUGGAAUGCAAAAUGGUACAACCAUUUUGGAAAACGAUAUGGUGCUUCCUUAGAAAGCUAGAAAUAGAAGUACCAUACAAUCCAGCAAUCCCACCCCUAGGAAUAUAUCCUAGAGAAAGAAAAGCCGUCACAUGAAUAGACAUAUGCACCUGAAUGUUCAUUGCAGCAUUGUUCACAAUAGCAAAAAGAUGGAAACAACCUAGAUGCCCAUCAACAGAUAAAUGGAUAAACAAACUAUGGUACAUACACACAAUGGGUACUGCGUCGUGGUAAAGAACAAUGAUGAAUCUGAGAAGCAUCUCAUGACAUAGAUGAAUCUAGACGGCAUUAUGCUGACUGAAAUAAGCCAAUCACAAAAGGACAAAUACUGUAUGAGACCAGUACUAUAAAAACUGAAGAAAAGGUUUAUACACAAAAAGAAACGAUCUUUGAUGAUUACGAGGAAGGGGUGGGGUAGGGAUGGAAAAACACUAAAAAGUCAAUAGAUAAGUGGUAACUUUGGUGAAGGGUAAGACAGUACACAAUACUGGGGAAGCCAGCACAACUUGCACAAGGCAAAGUCAUGGAAGCUCCAUAGACUCAUCUAAACUCCCUGAGGGACUGAAUUGCUGGGCUGAGGGCUGUAGGGACCAUGGCCUUGGGGAACAUCUAGCUCAAUUGGCAUAACGGUUUAUAAAGAAAAUGUUCUACAUUCUACUUUGGUGAGUAGGGUCUAGGGUCCUAAAAAUAUGUGAGUAGCCAUCUAAGAUACUCCACUGGUCUCACCCCUUUGGGAGCAAGGAAGAAUGAAGAAAACUAAAGACAUAAGGGAAAGAUUAGUCCAAAGGACUAACGGACCACAACUACCACGGCCUCCACCAGACUGAGUCCAGUACAACUAGAUGGUACCCAGCUACCACCACGGACUGCUCUGACAGGGAUCACAAUAGAGGGUCCUGGACAGAGCUGGAGAAAAAUGUAGAACAAAAUUCUAACUCACACAAAAAAACCAGACUUACUGGCCUGACAGACUGGAGAUACCCCAAGAGUAUGGCCCCCAGACACCCUUUUAGAUCAGUAGUGCAGUUGGUCCUGAGGUUCACCCUUCAGCCAAAGGUUAGACAGGCCCAUAGAACAAGACUAAAGGAGCACACCAGCCAAGGAGCAAGGACUAGAAGGCAGGAGGGGACAGGAAAGCUGGUAAUAGGGAAUCCAAGUUUGAGAAGGGAGAGCGUUGACAUGUCAUGGGGUUGUUAACCAAUGUCAUAAAACAAUAUGUGUGCUGUUUAAUGAGAAGUCAGUUUGUUCAUUAAACCUUCAUCUAAAGUACAAUUAAAAAAAAAAAAAAGCCAUUUACUGAUGAUACUGGGUGAAGUACCUUUCCACAUGUGCUUCGGUGCUAUCUGAUUUGUGAAUCUUGUGCCCAAAUAAACUUCAUCUAAUAGAUUUAAAAAAAAAAAGAGGCUCCAGCUCAGGUGCUGCUAUCUUUAAAGACUAAGUAUUUUCUGCAAAAAAAAAAAAAAAAAAAAGUAACAGGCUGCCUUUAGCAAACUUGCUUUGUAGUCCAGUUAAUUUUUACAUUAUAAAUACAGAAAUAAAGAUGUACUAGUGGAGACGUAAGAAUGCUUCCUGACUAAUUAAUUAGAGGAGUUUUGGCUGUUCCUGUGAAUGUAUUUAAAAUGUAAGUGACCAGUAUCAAAAAUAAUGUCAUCACUUUGUUUGAUUAUGACAACCAAUCAGAGAAUGAGGAAUAAGUUUAUGAGUGAGAUUAAACCGUUUAAAUUUAGGUGCAAGUACCUGAUAGAAUAUUUUGCAUCCAUUAAGAAGACCCAGUAAACUCUGUGGAAAUAUAGAAAAAUAUUUAAUGAUAUAAUACUAACAGAGUGAGCUACAAAAUGUUACCAUCAUUAUACAUCCAUGAAGAAUUACGAAUGUGUAUGGACAAGGAUAGAAAAGCGAAAGUAGUUCAUGCAUAGAGUGAUAUGAUUAAAGGUAAAUUAAUGUAUCUAAAAAAUAUUUUAUUGUUGAACUCAUGGACAAUAACUAAGAAUCAGAACAAAAUCCCAAAAUUAAAAAGAGUAUGUACUUUAAACUACUUCCUGUGUUAUUAAACAUUGAAAGUAAUGUAAUAUUUUAACCUUUUUUCUGAUAUGUGGUAACUUAAAUUGUUCUCUUCAAUAAAAUGCGUUUUAACAGCUUUGGGUUCACUUAAAUCUGUAAUACUGAAUAGCUAUAGUUGACUUUCAGGUAGGGACUUUUGCAAGUCAGUAAGAGUGUUCAUUUCCGGUAAUCUCAUUGAUGGCAAUUUCCAGCCAUCUCUAAAACUACAAGCCAAUCAAAAAUUGCUAUAGAGUACAUCAAAUUUUUUCACCUUAAUUGCUACCAUGUUUCCUGUUUUUAUUUAUUUUUGCUAAAGUGUGUAAAGUGUGUAAAAGUUUAUUAUAACAGGAAUCUCAUGUUUCCCCUAAUUUACAGUGAAGUAAAUAUUGUACCAGCUUCAGUCCUUAUCUUAAUAACAAAUGAGCACCCUUCCCCACACACACUUCACAACUCACUGUAACACAUCAGCAGGACAUGACUGGAGGGUUUUCACAAAGUAUGAGGAUUUCUGAACCUGGGACUGAAUUGCAUGAGUCGUUUUAUAUAAAUGCAUAGUCUGAAGGGCCUGAAUUUUCUUUCCCAAAUGUGCUAAGUUCUUUUUUUUUUAAUUUUAUUUUGUUGUUAUUGUUGAGAACAUACACAGCAAAACAUACACCAAUUCAACAGUUUCUACGUGUACAAUCAGUGGCAUUGAUUAUAUUCUUCGAGUUGUGCAACCAUUCUCACCCUCCUUUCCUGAGUUGUUCCUCCCUCAUUAACAUUAACUCACUGCCCCCUAAGAUUCCUAUCUAAUCUUUCAAAUUGCUAUUGUCACUUUGAUCCCAUAUAGAUAGUUCUUAAAAGAGUGUAAUGCUCAAGGCAGACCUUUUUUUUGCUAGUUAAGCUAAACUAUUGUUUGGUUUCAAGAAAACUUCAAGGAAUAUUUUUGGUUUAAGUUUAAAGAUUAUCUCAGGGCAGUAGUUUCAGGGGUUCAUCUAGCCUUCAUGGUUCCAGGAAGUCUGAAUUUCAUGAGAAUUUUAAAUUCUAUCCUACACUUUCCCCCUUUUGAUCCGUAUUCUGCUAUAGAAUCUUUAAUCAAAAUGUUCAGUAAUGAUAGUUGAGCACCAUCCAGUUCUUCUGGUCUCAUGGCAAAGGAGGCAGUAUUUAUGGAGGCAAUUAGCCACACAUUCCAUAUCCUCCUUCUAUUGGUGACUCUCCUUCUUCCUCUGUUGCUCCAGGUGACUUUGUAAUGGUCUUUAUUCAGAGAUUAAGUAUAGUUUGGGGAGAUGUAUACAGGUGCCAAGUUGACAAGAGGUAGACUGUGAUGGUUAACGUUGUGUGUCAACUUGGCUGGGCCAUGAUUCUCAGUGUUUACAUGUGAUCACUCCCAUGAUGGAAUCUGCUAUGAGUAAUCAAUCAGUUGAAAGAGAGUUUCCUUGGAGGUGUGUACUACAUCUGAAUAUAAGCAGAUGCUCUGGCUUUUGCCCUUUCUGGAUCGUGCAGCUGUCUACUGUUCAUCUGACCUCCGGUUCUUAGGACUUGAGCUAUCAGCUUAUCUGCCAAUCUUGGGGUUCAUCAAUCUUCACAGCCCUUGAGCAAUAGCAGUGCUCUCCAACCUACUGAUCUUGGGUUUGCCAGCCCCUACAGCUACGUGAAUCAGGAGAAGCCUCUAUCCUGAUCCAUGAACUUGGGACAUUCCAGCCUCUACUAUCAAGUGAGCUGUUUCUUUGAUAUGUCUCUUUAUACAUAUAUAUAUAUUUAUACACUUUACUGGUUUUGUUUCUCUAGAGAACCCAGCCUAAGACAGAAUGAAUUAGAAUCGGAGCAAUUUUUUUCCCAUUUGGAAACCUGUUUGGUAUAUGCAUACUGUUAUGAAUUGAAUUGUGUCCCCCAAAAAUGUGCGUCAAUUUGCCUAGGCUAUGAUUUCCAAUAUUAUGUGAUUGUCCACCAUUUUGUCAUCUGAUGUGAUUAUCCUAUGCGUUGUAAAUCCUACCUCUGUGAUAUUAAUGAGCCAGGAUUUGAGACAGUUAUGUUAAUGAGUCAGGACUCAAUCUACAAGAUUAGGUUGGGUCUUAAAUCAACCUCUUUUUUUUUUUGGUCAACCAGAAGAUAAUAUAUUAUCAACAGGUGUAAUUUUCACUUUAUAAAUGAAAGGAUGUGUUAAGUUAGGUAAUGGACCAAGCCUCUAAAGUACUGGUGUAUCCCUACCAUACAGUUUCUGAGGGAAGUCAGCAGGGAAACAUAGGCCUCCAUACUCCUAGAAUCUGUUAGGUGGGGUCCUGAUGCUGGCAGUGCUCAGCAUUAGCUACACAGGUAGGGAAGUAGAGAUGACACCAAAGAACCUACACUCAGACGUAAGGGAAAAGCAUUUAACAUUUAAUUAACCUCCAUGUAGCUUCAAGCCACCAGGACACAGGCACCCCCAACACCCUUAAUCUUCUCAGCUCUUCUGCUGAAGAAUUUGGCCUUCACGAUGACAGGUUGUUUUGGGAGCUUUCCCUUCCCCAGAACUUUGUAGUAGCCCAAUCACACCACAUCAAUGACGGGAGCAGUUCCAGUCUUAUUUUUGGCAGCACUUACCCUUGUCUGCUCACUGACUAAGGUCCACAACUUAUUGAGGUUGACAGUAGGACAGAAGCUCUGGUUCCUCUUCAAGUGGUAAUGUCUCAUACCAACCUUCCCAAAGUAACCUGGAUGAUGUUUGUCGAAGUUGAUCCUGUGGUGAUGCAUGCCACCAGCAUUACCCCUGCCUCCUAGGUGCUUCCAGUGCUUGCCGAUGCGGCCGUGGCCAUGGCUCACGUGGCCCCUAAGUUUCCGGGUCUUCCUCAGUCUGGAUGGCAUGGCAGCGCCUAAGGCGAAAGAGAGCAAUCAACCUCUUUUGAGAUAUAAAAGAGAAAAGCAAGCAGAGACACGGGGACCUCAUACCACCAAGAAAGCAAUGCUGGGAGCAGAGUCCUUCCUUUGGACCCGAGAUUCUUGUGCUGAGAAGCUCCUAGGCCAGGAGAGGAUUGAUGACAAGGACCUUCCUAUGGAGCCAACAGAGAGAGAAAGCCUUCCCCUGGAGCUGACACACUGAAUUUGGACUUCCAGUCUCUUAGACUGUGAGAGAAUAAAUUUCUCUUUAUUAAAUCCAUGCACUUGUGGUAUUUCUGUUAUAGCAGCACUAGAUGACUAAGACAGAAUUUGGUACCGGAAGAAUGGAGUGCUGCUCUAAUAGAUACACAAAAUGUGGAAGUAGUUUUGAAGCUGUGAAUGGAUACAGGCUGGAAGAAUUUUAAAAUGCCUAAUGGUAAAUGCCCAGAUUGCCUUGAAGAGACUGCUGGUGGAAUUAUGGAUGUCAAAGGCGAUUCUGGUGAGGGUUCAGAAGGAACUGAGGAGAGCUGUUACACUGGGCACUGCACAGGUGGUGAGAAGCAGCAGCAGAGAAAUGAUAGCAGCAGAACCAAGAGACCAGCAUGGGACAGUGCUAGAGCCAACCCACAGAGCAAGAGAGCUGAGUGCCUUUGUGAAGGAGGCUUCCUGGCAGAGUGGGGUGCCUCCAGGCACUUAUCAGUGGAACUAAAGAGCUUUGGAACACUUGUCUCAGCAGGGCAGACAUGGGGGGUGAGGCCCAAGAGUCCAAGGAACCAGGAAGCAGAAGCUGAAGAGACAAGGAACACAGGAAGCAGAUCUACUUUGAUCUCAAAGGAUGGAGUUGCCACUCAGGUGGUCUAGGAGAAUGGGGCUGGCCAAAGCUGAGGGAGCAGAGUUGCCAUUCUAGUGGACCUGGAAAGUGGAGCUGAAGCCCAGGGCUGAGGGGCCUCCACUCAGAAUCUGGAGAGUGUGGCCUAUACCCUAGAGUCUGGAGAGCAGGACAAUUGUAAAAAUGGUCUCAAAGAACAAAGGAUUGUUUUCAAGGCUUCACAGCUGAUGUAAUAUGUUCUGCUGACUUGCUUGGCACCUGUUAUGCCUUCUUUCCCUCCAAUUUCUCCCAUUUGUAAUGGAAAUGCCUAGCUUGUACCUGUUCUACCACUGCACUUUGGAAGCAGAUAACUUGUAUUCUGGAUUUCACAGAUGAAGACUUUUUCAGAAGAUGAGAUUUUGGACUUGGGUUUAAGAUUUUGCUGUGGUACGAUGGGGUGAAUGUGUUUCACACCUGGCAAGGACAUGAAUUUUGGGGGGCCAAAGAGUGGAAUGUUAUGGAUUGAAUUGUGUCCUCCAAAAAUGUGUAUCAACUUGGCUAGGCCAUGAUUCUCAAUAUUGUAUGACUGUCCUCCAUUUUGUCAUCUGAUGUGAUUUUCCUGUGUGUUGUAAAUCCUACCGCUACGAUGUUAAUGAGGCAGGAUUACAGGCAGUUAUAUUAAUGAGGCAGGACUCAAUCUACAAGAUUAGGUUGUAUCCUGAGUCAAUCUCUUUUGAGAUAUAAAAGAGAGAAGCAAGUAGAGACAGGGGGACCUUAUAGAAAUAAGAGCCAGGAGAAUAGUGUGUCCUUUGGACCCAGGGUCCCUGCUCUGAGAAGCUCCUAGAUAAGGGGAAGAUUGAUGACAAGGACUUCCUCCAGAGCCAACAGAGAAAGCCUUCGCCUGGAGCUGGCACCCUGAAUUUGGACUUCUAGCCUCCUAGACUGUAAGAGAAUAAAUUUCUCUUUGUUAGAGCCAUCUAUUUGUGGUAUUUCUGUUGUAGCAGCACCAGAUGACUGAGACACCCUGGUUGAGAACCAUUGCUUUACUGACUGUUUUUUCUCUUCUCUGACUUGCUUUGUUUUGUGGUUUAGCUUUUAGAGGGUGGAUUGUUUGCCUCUUUCCAAGUUCUUUCCGGGGUAACAAUCCCCCUUACUAUUGAUGGCAUGUAUCCUGUACAUUAGGUGCCCACCUGGGAUCUGAAUUCACAGCCUGAGUCAGAUCUGCUGUUGAGCAAUCUGACAUGGUUGUUAAGAAGCAGUGUGGUAUUUUCUGCCUCCUGUGUAUAAGGCACCCUGUUGGAAGCUGACGGAAUGGAGGGCUGCAUGUUGGGAGGAAGCUGCAAAGGAGAUUAGAGAUAAGUUUAUAGGGCUGUCAAGGUACUCACACCCUGAGGAAACCAGAUUCGUCCUUUCGUGAAGAGACAAUGAGCACUUGCCCUGGCCUGUGAAUACAGCCUACAUAUGGCAUAGCGUUAAGUGUUUGGCUGCCAACUGAGAGGUUGGUGCUUUGAGUCUACCCAGUAGCAUCUCAGAAGAGAGUCCUGGCAAUCUACUUCCCAAAGAUCAGCCAUUGAAAACCCAAUGGAGCACAGCUCUACUCUGACACACACAGGGUUGCCAUGAGUCAAAGCUCACUCAACAGCAGGUGGAUUAUGGCACAGACACUGGGUGCCAUGGCAUAGUCGGAGUGUUGAAGGAUAGAGCUUAGAAAAAGAUUUGGAAAGAUUCAGAGAGGAAUACACAAGGCAUGACUGGCUGGGUAUUGUGUAGAGUUUCUACAUCUAGUUGUUAGGUGCCGUAGGGGCAGAGAGAGAAAGAAAAGACAGCAUCCUUGAACGCACAGUCUAGUUUACGGACAGAUAAAUAAUACUAAAAGCUUAUUAUUGUUAUCACUUAUGAUUACUGGGUUUUAAAAUACAAUAACAGAGAACCCCUGAGGGAGCAGGAGAGCAAUGGGAUGCAGACCCCAAACUCUCGUAAAAAGACCAAACUUACUGGUCUGACUAAGACUAGAAGGACCCCGGUGGUCUCGGCCCCCAGACCUUCUGUCAACCCAGGACAGGAACCAUUCCCAAAGUGAACUCUUCCGGCACGGAUUGGACUGGACAAUGGGAUAGAAAAAGAUGCUGGUGAAGAAUGAGCUUCUUGGACCAAGGAGACACUUGAGACUAUGUUGGCAUAUCCUAUCUGGAGGAGAGCUGAGAGGGCAGAGGGGGUCAGAAGCUGGUAGAACGGACACGAAAAGAGAAAGUGGAGGCAAGGAGUGUGCUGUCUCAUUAGGGGGAGAGCAAUUAGGAGUGUACAGAAAGGCAUAUAUAAAUUUUUGUAUGAGAGACUGACUUGAUUUGUAAACUUUCACUUAAAGCACAAUAAAAAAAACUAUUAAAAUCUAUAGAAAGGAGUUGGAAAUCACAGCAAUUGUGAGUCAUCCCCAGUGUAUGAGAAAGGGUACAGCUGCAGUUCUCCAAGAGGUGACCCUUACCAGCAGCGUCAGAAUCACUUGGGAGCUCAUUGACCCGAUCUGGUUGAGUUGAUUCCGACUCAUAACAACCCUAUAGGACAGAGUAGAACUGCCCCGUAGGGUUUCCAAGGAAUGGUUGGUGGAUUCCAACUGUCGAAAUUUUGGUUAGCAGCUAUAGCUCUCAAAACCACUGCACCACCAGUGCUCCAUGGCUGCCAUCGAGUCCGACUCAUAGCUACUCUAUAGGACAGAGUAGAACUGCCCCAUAGAGUCUCCAAGGAGUGUCUAGUGGAUUCCAACCGCUGGCUGUUUGGUUAGCAGCCCUAGUAGUACCUAACCACUAUGCCACCAGGGUUUCCUGGGAGCUUGUUAGACAUGCAAAUUCUCAGGCCCCACCCCAGACCUAUGGAGUCAGAAUCUCCUAUGGCGUCAGAGUCUCCGGGAAGGGGCCCAGCAAUCUGUGCUUUAACAAGCCCUCCAGCUGAUUCUCAUAUAGGCUCAAGUUUGAGAAGCACGGGUGUUCAGGAGG